AUGGCUGGAAAGCGGCUAUUGGAUGUGGCUGCUCUCUUCAAGGCGUCCCGUGGGGUUGCACAGAAGCAUGUUGCGCUCCGAGCCAGGCAGGCCGACAUUUACAACCGGACUUCGACCUUAGCAAAAGCGGUGAAGAAUCAAACAGACCGAGUCACGGAAACCGCCAAAGCGGCUUCAUUUCUUGUGUCGCGAUUGAACGAGAGCGGGCCGGCAUGGACCUCGGAGGCGGCAGGUGCUCCAGCUGGAAGCCGAACGAGCCCUGAUGGCCCCAUUUCAAGCAGAGAGUCGACUGAGGGGGGUCAAGUCCCCAAGCCGAAGAAUGGUAUUGAGCAAGAUCAUUUCUAUGAGAGAUCCAUGGCAAAUUCGACAACAGAUCCCAUCCCUGAGGACGACUUAGAGAUCCAGCAGGAAAAGGCUGCUUCUUAUCCCCUUUCUGAUGGCACCAUUCCUCCAGUAAAGUCUGGCCUGAAUACUAGGCCUGAUGAUGACGAUAUUCUCUCAACCAGACCGCAGAAUGAAGUUGUCAAGAGGCUUUUGGAGACUGAGGGCCUCAAGCCAGCGUCGUCCAGCGAAUCUACAAUUCCCUCGCCGCCUCGAAAGCGUUUGUCUGCUGAAUCAGCAAGGAAGCUUCAACGGCAAUCUGAGCUUCAGAUCCCUUCUAUAACCGCAGAUGCUUUAGAUGGCACUGCCCCAGACCCCUUAGGAAAGGGCCAUGACGAAGACAGUUUUUAUAGGAAAUCAACACAUACUUCACCUGUUUUUUCCUCUUUACCAAGAAUAAAAAUGCCAAAGCAUACCUCAAAUGCCCAAGGAGUGGAUUCAUAUUUACCGGAGGGGCAAUUAAACUCAGAUUCAUUUUACACCUCGGGACCUUGUGGGCCUAUUCCAGCUGUAGAAGCUAUUCCAGCGCAGGAUGAAGUCCCCGAAGGAGUUGAUACUGCUUUAUUUUACAGCCCACGAGUCGCCAGGCUUCUGGGUGGUAAAACUCAAGGUUCCAAACGGGGUGGUUUAGAGCCUAAGGGCGCGAAGGAUACGCCUGUAGAUCACACAGACCUUGCAGCAAAGAAGUACCAAGACAUUUUCAAUGUCCGUUCCUCCCAAGAAGAACGUCCGACUGCACCUGAAGACGGGGAUUUACGUGAGCCGACGACCUUUUCGGGAGGGGAAGUGAAAGAUCUCGCUCAAGAUAUUUCGAAGGAUAUGGAUGUUUCACAGGUCCAGGUCGACAAUACCUCUCCGCCAUUCACUCAUGUAUAUGAACUACGAGAGUCUAAAGUUCCCUCUUCACGACUUGGCAGACUUUGGAACUAUUCUGGAUUGGCUGCAGGUCUAGUCGGGGGUGCAGUCAGUGAAAGUUUUCGACGGUUUGGCGGAAGUGGAGGAGAGGGAUCUUAUCUGUUGAGUGCUGGAAAUAUGGACCGACUGGUCACUAAACUCUCAAGAAUGAGGGGCGCGGCUCUUAAGCUUGGCCAAAUGAUCAGUUUUCAAGACUCCAAGAUGCUUCCUGGCCCUAUCCAAGAGGUUCUCCAGAGAGUACAGGAUCGCGCAGACUAUAUGCCGCCGUCUCAGCGUAACAAAGUAUUGACUUCAAACCUUGGCCCUGAAUGGCGGGAGUUGUUCUCCUACUUCGAAGAGAAGCCCCUGGCUGCCGCAUCGAUAGGUCAGGUCCACAGUGCCGUAUUGAAGUCCAAUGGCACCAAGGUUGCGGUUAAAGUUCAGUAUCCGGGGGUUGCGGACUCGAUUGACUCAGAUUUGAACAAUUUGGCAAUCCUUCUCACAGCAUCACGUCUUUUGCCAAAGGGUUUAUUUCUGAACAAGACUAUUGAGAAUGCCCGGACCGAAUUGGCAUGGGAAUGCGACUACAUUCGGGAAGCUGAAUGUGGACGUCGAUUUGAAGGACUCCUGGCUGAUGAAACUGAUGUCUUCCUUGUACCGAAAGUCUACCCGGAAGCAUCAGGAAAACAGGUUUUGACUAUGAAGUUUAUGGAUGGAGUUGGGGUGACAAGAGUCAAGAGCUUCUCCCAGGAGCAAAGCGAUUGGAUUGGUACCCAAAUUCUUCGACUUUGCCUCCGUGAGAUUACGGAAUUCAAGUUCAUGCAGACAGACCCCAACUGGACGAACUUCUUAUAUAAUGCCGAAACGAACAAACUGGAGCUCCUUGAUUUUGGAGCAUCUAGAGAAUACCCGGAAGAAUUCAUUACGAAAUAUACACAACUACUUGCAGCAGCCUCCAGAUCUGACAGGGAGACUGUACGGAAGUUGUCCAUUGAUCUUGGCUACUUGACAGGUCAUGAGUCGAAAAUAAUGCUCGAUGCACAUAUUGUCUCUGUGCUCACACUCGCUGAGCCGUUCCUGGAGUCCUCGCCAGAACUUUACGAUUUCAGAGAUCAAACUAUUACCGAUAGAGUCAAAGAGCUGAUACCUGUCAUGAUCCGAGAGAGGCUAGCUCCCCCUCCAGAGGAAACGUAUAGCUUGCAUCGAAAGCUCAGUGGAGCCUUCCUCCUCUGUGCGAGGCUCGGAAGCCGUGUACGCUGUCGAGAGUUGUUCGAGAAUAGCAUGAAGAAAGCUGGGCUUCUGUGA